AUGCCUUUUGUGGAGAGAGUGUUAGGUUCCACGUCAGUGUUCGUUUUUAUUAUUGUACUAGUGUGUGCUGAUCACUACCACCCAGACCUUGAGUUUGAGAAUGACAAAGCGGUGAAGGCCACGACUAACCUCGCUGAAUUGACAGCACAGUAUUGGAUAGACGAAGCGCAGGCGGGCAUUAAGGCACGGCAAACACGUCUGCGCACUGAUGAUGGUAAUGUAGCGCGCAACGUGGUGAUGUUUUUGGGUGACGGUAUGUCAGUACCCACGCUCUCAGCCGCGCGUACGUUAUUAGGCCAACGCUCUGGUCGUCCUGGUGAGGGAACACAGCUCGCGUUUGAAAGUUUUCCAUCAGUUGGCUUAACUAAGACUUAUUGCGUAGAUGGACAAAUUGCAGACUCGGCAUGUACAGCAACGGCGUAUCUGUGCGGUGUGAAAGCGAAUCGUGGAACAAUAGGUCUGACGGCCUCCGUGCCGCGACGAAACUGUACGGCAUCACUCGAUCCAUCUACAAAUAUUGAAUCUAUAGCUGCUUGGGCACUUUCCGAUGGACGUGAUGCUGGUAUUGUUACCACGACGCGGAUAACUCAUGCUUCACCAGCGGGAACUUACGCGAAAGUUGCCAAUCGCAAUUGGGAGAAUGAUGCUGGUGUACGUAAUAACAACCAAGACCCAAAUAUUUGCAGGGAUAUAGCAUACCAACUUGUGCAUUCAUAUCCUGGGAAUCAAUUUAAGGUUAUUUUAGGAGGCGGUAGACGGGAAUUUAUACCCAAUACAAACAUCGACGAAGAAGGUACAGUUGGCCGUAGAACUGACGGCCGUAAUUUAAUUGAAGAGUGGCGAAUGGAUAAAAUAACUCGCAAUGUCUCUUAUCAAUAUGUAUGGAAUCGUAACCAGCUGAGGAGUGCAGCUGACAAUAUGCCUGAUUACCUGUUAGGGCUCUUUGAAGGAUCUCAUAUGCAGUAUCAUUUACAAGCUAACGAAGAAACAGAACCGACGCUACCCGAGCUUACGGAAAUAGCAAUCCGUUCGCUUAGUAGAAAUAAGAAAGGUUUUUUCCUUUUUGUAGAAGGUGGAAGAAUCGAUCACGCACAUCAUUCUAACAGAGUGGAGCUUGCAUUAGACGAAACUAUUGAAUUCAGCGCUGCCGUGGCUCGCGCUACAGAACUAUUAUCAGAGGAAGAUUCACUAAUUAUAGUAACGGCUGAUCACGCACAUGUUAUGGCAUUCAAUGGGUACACUCAUCGUGGUGGUGAUAUUCUUGGACCCUCCGACAAUCGUGAUCAAGACGGAACGCCUUAUAUGACACUUUCCUACAGCAAUGGCCCUGGAUUUCGAUCUCAUGUUAAUGGUUCUAGGCCUGAUGUUACUGUCGAAACAAACUUUGGGGUCCCCACCUGGAGGGCGCAUGUGGAGAUUCCACUGUCGUCGGAAACGCACGGUGGUGAUGACGUGGCAGUGUUUGCGCGUGGUCCACAACAUCAGAUGUUCUCGGGUCUGUACGAGCAGAGCCAACUGCCGCACCUCAUGGCAUACGCGGCCUGCAUCGGCCCCGGCCUGCACGUCUGCAGUGCGGCGUCGCGAAUCAUUCUGACGCCAUCGUUGACGUUGUUUAUUGUUUUAUUUUUUUUUACAUACACGUAA